AUGAUUUUAUUACUUCUAACAUAGAUUCAACUUUCUUUUGGAGUUAGCACUUCCAGAGUACGAUCAUAAUAAUCACAUACGCUAUAAGCAAUGCUUCCUGAUAUCUCCUUAUAAACAAUCCAUAAUAAAUAAAAUAUUUUUGCUUUAAACAUCUCUGAAGCAUAUGAUAUAGAUUUAAUUGAUGAGGAUGGGAAAAUAAUUGAGACACCUUACGUAUCCUUAGAUAAUCUUGAUCUAGAUCAUUUUAUUGUUGAAAAUUAAUGUGUGGCAUUUCCAAAGUAUCCCUAAUUGACAGAAUUAAUGGAUUACCACAUCUGGAAUUCAAGCAAUGAUACAUUCUAUUCUGAAAUUAUUACAGCAACAGAUUAUUCAAACAUGUACGUAGUAACUUAGGAUUUGGUGCUAUUGUAAUUCAAACUUAGUACAAAAUAUUGGGUAGUCUCCUAAUAACUGAAAUAAAUAGACUUGAAAUAAUAUAUUAAUCUUGAGGACUAAUCAAUCAGGACUAAUGCAUACUUUAGUUGUCCAAAGGGUCAUUUAAAUUGUUUGGUAAUAUCUCAAUAUGGUGCCUUUUGGAUUCCUAAAUUCGUUGACUUUGAUGAUCCGAAAACAGAAAUUUUGCCAGAAUAAGACAAGAAUUUCAUUAUAAGGAAGGAGAUUAUAAAGAUAUUUACUUUUGAGAGUAUUGUGGCUAUUGCAGCAGGCGAGGAUGGUGUUGAUAUAUACAGAUGCGGAUAUAAGAUUAGCAGUAAUUUUGAGAAGAAAAUUUAUUAUUUGACCACAAUUGGUAAUGUAUAAAUGGAGAUGAAUUCAAAUCAAUAAAUUUACAUUAUUGGAGUGAAAAUAAAUGACACCUUAUUAUAUGUAUUAGAUGAAGAUCUGGGAUUAUUUAUCUUUGACAUCUAAAAUAUAUCAAAAAGUGUUUUGAAAAUGAGGAUACCAAUUCCAAGAACAAUAGCAUUUGAUUUUUAUGGAAAUACAUUGAUGGUGGUUGCAGAAACUGUCAAUCACAUUCAAUAUAUUUUGGAAAUAUUCUUGGACUUCAAUGCUAACACCUAUUAUGUCAAUAGAGUUUAUGUUGACGACUUUACCUUUGUUGAUAUCUAAAUGACAGAUGAAUAUGCCUUCUUUAUUGCUGAAGAUACUCACAUGAUCAUAAAGCAUUCGAUAUUUAAUGGGUUUGUCAAGAACAAUAAGGAACUCGUUCGAACCUUCUUUGAAGAUUAAUUAAUUAAGUUUUAGCAUUUUACUUAAGUGGUUGAAUAAUCUUAGAGAUAUUCAAAGACCAUUUAUUAUGUUGGGCUAUCUAAGAAAUCCAUUCAUGCUUGGAAAUUUAGAAAUUACAAUUCCUUUAUAGCAUGCAGUUUUGAUUCAAGAGUUGAAAAGUAGUACACAUUAAAAUCGAAUGCAUCUUAUUGUUAUCAAGAUUAAGAAAAAUCUCCUUACAUUUAAUGCUAAAUGAUCUAAAAGAUAUCAGUAACAUCUGAUGGCACUCUAUUGGAAUCGGAUAGUCUUACUCUAAUUAUUACUGUUUCUUGUAUUUCAUCGGCAAUUUUUAUCCUAUUAAUAGUUUUGUUGUGUACUAAAUGGAGAAAAUUUGUGAAGUCUAUUAAAGAGAAAACUGAUAAAUUGAGAAACAAAUAAGACUAUAACAGAAUUGAAUAGGAGAAGAAUCCAUGAUAGUAAUAUAUACAUUAUAAAUUAUUUUA